AACUUAUAACCCAACAGCAAGUUCCUUCCUGCCCAUUUGGCAUCCAGUGCUAUUUAGCAACAGGAGAUGAGUUACUGAACGAUUUCCUCUUGUCUCACCAAGUAGCUGUUUGUUGCUCUAAAGUAACUGGAGAAAAGCAUAAACAACAGGAAACAAGAGGUGUGUUUGCUCUCACUGUAUUCAGGACCCCCUGCUAUUGCUUCCUCAUUUUGAGCAUCGGUAAAGAAGAGGAGAUGAACAUAUUUCCACCUAGAACGCAGGAAAAAUCUGAAGUCCGAAUCAUUCAAACCCUCUCAAAGGGUGAAGAAGCAGCUGUCGCUUCUAGAAAAGAAACGGUGAAGAAAUGCCUUGCCAAGCUUGGGGUUCCACAUGAUGCGGACAAAAACCCAAAUAUCGCUGUCCUGGGGUCAGGAGGAGGACUGAGGGCCAUGAUUGCCCUUUAUGGGACACUGGUGGAGCUGAAGAAAUAUGAUCUCCUGGAUUGUAUUAUGUACUUGGUUGGGGUAUCAGGUUCAACCUGGUGCAUGUCAGCUCUCUACAAAAAUGAAGACUGGGCUGAAAAAAUAGAGGCCUUGGAAAAACUUCAAAAGGAAACACUUGUAAAUGGCAAAUGGGAUUUGAAGAAGGCAACAGAAGCGGCACUGGAGGCCUCAAAAGAUGAACAUUACUCUUUGACUGAUUUCUGGUCCUAUUUUAUUGUGUAUAAAAUGCUAAAGGAGCUUGAUGAACGCAACUUGACUGAACACAAGAGAUCAUGUGAGAAUGGGAAAAAUCCUUAUCCCAUCUAUGCAGCUGUGGACAAGCACAGAUACGAAGGAUACCACAUAGGCAGCUGGUUUGAAUUUACCCCACACGACGCUGGGGCUCCUGGCGUAGGUGGGGGUCACAGUACAGCAGGAUAUGUCGACACCAAACACUUUGGGAGUCUAUUUAGAAAUGGAGAACUAAGCAAGAAAAAAAAGGAGAAAGUUAUUACCUACCUUCAAGGUUUAUGGGGAAGUGCCCUUGCAAGCGAGCGAGAAAUUAAGAAGGAAAUCCUUGGUGCUUUACUGGACUUGCUAAAAAAGGACAAAGAAGCUUAUUUUAAAGCCCGUGAAUUGAAUCCAGAGUACCAGGCACUUAGUUUUCUUUGCAAGGCUUAUGAGUAUAUUUUGGAGUUGCAACUGUCUAUAUUAGAUGCUUCAGCAUCAGCAGCAACUGGAUUUUUUGACCUUUUGGAUAACCUCCUGAAAGUGCAUAGUACCAGCAAAAGUUAUGAGGCGCUCAAAGAGAUGCGUAAGUCCUGGAUGACAGCAGAUGAAAAGGCAAAAGAGGAAGCGUGUUUGAAACUGUGGGAAGCUUUGCAUGAGGAUUUUGGAGGAGUUAUAAAAGUGAUAUCUAUCAGCCCUUUUCAAGGCAUUAAAAACUGGAUCACGCUUAUCUACAAAACCAAUGUAUGUAUUCUGAAGUGGACUUGGGGAAGCACUGAUAACUUCUUUCACAACGACCCUGAUGUUAAAGUCCCAGCGCUAAAAGGGAAAGAUGUUGUGUCUCUGAUUGAUGCUGGCCUGGCAAUAAAUACUGCUUACCCACUUAUUCUCUACCCUGAGAGAAAUGUGAAGCUGAUCCUGUCUUUUGACUUCAGUUCUGGGGACCCUUUUCAGACCAUCACAAAAGCUGCAGACUACUGCAAAGUCAAUGGAAUCAAAUUCCCCAAGAUAGAUGAGAAAGAUCAGCAAGAGAAAGACAACCCGUUGGAUUGCUAUAUCUUCAAAGGAGAGGGCCUAACUAUCAUGCAUUUCCCACUAUUCAACAGAGUCAACUGCCCAGGUAAAAUUGAUGAAUACACUAAAACCUUUUCAACCUUCAAGUUGAAGUAUUCGGAUGAAGAAAUUGAAAAGCUACUCACUGCAGCAAAGAUGAAUGUAGCAAAUAAUCACCAAAAGAUUCUGGAUGAGAUCAAGAAUAUUAUGGGUUCUCCUCAAAGGCCUUAAUCAAAUGUUAUAACAUUUUUACAGGCCUUCUAACUUGUGAAGAGCCUCAAAAAGCAUGGCUCUCCUCAUGAGUUUUUGUUUGUUUAGAGAACUUAAAAUCACUUUUGGGUAUUGGUUGGGUGCAAAAUUGUAAUGUCUGCAUUAAAUAUAAAACAUAUGCUCAGGAAGAAUUCCUUUCCUUUUUGAAUGUGUUUCAAG